ACUGGCUAGUUUUGCUCUUCUGAGCUUUACUGCGUCCCACAGGAAAGUGAAGGAAGCAGGAAAGUACUGAAGCAGGCGAGUCCAUUGCUCGUGCGGAGGACCUUCGGUGCAGGUUCUCUUGGGUAUAGAGGCGGGGAAGACAAGACCCCUGGAGGUUCAACUCACAUCCGCGAUUGUGACGCACUAAACAUUUAAUUUUCAACCGGGUGUUCAGCGCUUUCCCAGAGUGGGAAGCCCUUCUCUUCCUCCCCUCCCCCGCGAAGCAGAGGCUGGUGGUUCCUUCCUCAAAAGACGGGGUCCUAAUUGGCUAGGGACGUGAUUUAUUUCCCUUGAGCGGUGGCUGUGAGUGGCCUUGUAGUGACUUGAGCUUGUCCCCACGGCAACGGGACGCUGCCGCCGUGUAAUUAAUGGGAGCUGAUAGGCACAGGCAGCAAGUGAACUAGUCACUCGGACCUCGGGCUGGAGAUGGAGGACGACGACGAGGAGACGGUGCAGGAAAAAAGUUUCGCGGAGGACGAGAGGGCCCAGUUCGUGGGCCGCCGCCUGGCGUACUUACUGAAACUCAAAGACGACGAAUGGAGCGCAUUUCUGGGAGAGGAAGAGAACCAGAACCUCCUGGCGGACUUUUUGGAGAACAGUCGCUUCACUUUGCUGGCUUUCUACUUCCAUCUGGCAGGAGGAUUGGCAGCGGGGAUGGAGAUACCCAGUGGCGUAAAACACAAAAUAGUUUGUAUUAUGAAGACCACAGACUGCAUUGGCAUAGAAAACUGCAAGGAAACCCUCAAAAUUGCAGAAUUGUCUGGAACACCCAUGGAGCAUGUAGUGGUUUUCUUAGAAGAGAUUGUGCUGCCUAUUCUUUCAAAUAAGAAAAAUAAUGAAUCCUGGCCACAGUUUAUUUCCCUGGACAUGGAACGGCAUGUAGAAAUCAUGAAAAAUAAGGCAUACGUUAUGAGAGGAACUAUGUCAGGAAGAACUUUCCUUCCCAUUCCAACAGUUGUAACAGAGACUGAGUUACAUGAGAUGUGUACUGAAAACAAGCAGGACUCCUAUACAAGGUCUGUACUGCAUGCAAUAGAAUCAAUGGUUAUCAAGUGGUCCCAUCAAAUACAAGACACUGUAGAAAGGAAUUCAGCUCAAACUCGUCUUCAUGGCUUUCACUCAGAUCCUCCCAUUGAGCUCAGGUUUUGGAAGGAAAGAAAGGAUAAUCUCUUGUUAAUAUAUGACCAGCUUAAAAGUCCUGUUGUUCAGAAAAUGAUUAGGAUCUUAAAAGCGAAGAUGAGCAGUUAUUAUUCUACUUUUCAAGACAUUUACAAGGAGGUAGAAAAUGCACUCACUGAAGCUGAGGAUAUUGAAGUAUACCUGAGACCUCUGCAAAGACAUAUUCAGCAUCUUCUAGUUACAGAAUUUCCAAAGAUACAUAUUUUAAUUCUCCCUUUGUUCCACACCAUCUGUCUGAUCUGGAGUCAUUCCAAGUUUUACAACAUGCCAAUAAGAAUCAUAUUUCUACUGCAGGAAUUCUGCAAUCUUUUCAUUGACCAGGCUAUAUCAUACCUUUCACCAGAAGAUAUAAUGAAAAGAGAAACUGAAGAAACUUUGGAACAAGUGCAAGAGGCUUGUAAUAUUUUAAGGAGCUUUAAGGAUACCUUUUUUAGUCAAAGAGAAAAAAUGGCUACUUAUUUCACAAAUGGUCAAGAGAUUAAACCGUGGGAUUUUCAGCCUCAUUUGGUAUUUUUUAGAUUUGAUAUGUUUCUAAAUCGCUUGGAAAAAAUAGAGGAAAUUUUUGUUACUAUGCUGGAGUUUGAAAAGCUGGAGAAACUGGAGUUUGGUGGAAUCAAAGGAAAAUUUUUGAAUGAUCAAAUAUGCAAGUUGAAUGAAGAAUUUAUGGAGUCUUGUAACAUUUUUAAAGAGCGAAUGUAUAAUCCCUUAGAUUACGACAAUGUGGAAUUUGAAGAAGACUAUAUGGAUUUUAAACACAAAAUUCUGGAGCUUGAAAGACGCCUUGGAUCAAUUUUUUGUGUGGGAUUUCUUGAUUGUUCAGGUUUAGAAUCAGCACUCAAGCUUUUAGCAAUUUUGGGAUAUUUCUUGGAGAAACCUAUUAUUGCUGACAUUUUUAGCCCAAAUUACAAAAUUUUACUGCAUAUGUUUGAUGAAGAGCUGGAUAAUUGCAAACAUUUGUAUGAUGAGCAUGUCAAGCAGGUGGAAGAAGGGAAUGAAAUCAUAAAUAAAAACAUGCCAUUUACUUCAGGAAACCUUAAAUGGUCCCAAGAAAUUAAAGCCCGUAUACAGUCAUUCUGGUCAAAAUUAUCAUUUGUUUCCUAUCCAAUCUUAGAAAGUGCAAAUGGUGCUUUAAUCUAUCAGAAAUAUAUAGAGAUGUUGACCUUGCUUGACCAGAAUGAAGAUCAGAUCUAUUGUAAAUGGAAAUCCAAGGUGGAUGGUGUUUGUCAGUUUAAUUUAGAUCAACCCUUAAUUAAACGCAGUGAUAAAGAUGAUCUCCUUAGUGUGAAUUUUGACCCUAAGCUGGUGGCUGUUUUAAGAGAUGUGAAAUAUCUCUUGCUUUUGGAUCGAUCUGAUAUUCCAUGUUCAGCAUUAGAGUUAUAUAAGAAAAGGGGAACAUUUGCUAAGUACAUAGGAAACCUUGAACUCAUCGUCCAGUGGUAUAACAAGGUUAAACAGACUAUUUUGGAAGUCGAGCACCCUCUGAUCAAAAAUGAACUGAGAACUGUUGAUGAUCAGCUAAUGGAAGCAGAAGAAACAUUCACAUGGCAGGAAGAGAACUGCUGGGAGUACAUUGAGUUUGUGAAAGCUGCAGUUCAUGACUUGGAGCACAGACUUCAAAGGUCAAAGGACAAUAUUAAGGCCAUUCAGCAAAUUAUGAAGUGUUGGAUGGAGCAUCCCCUCUUUUCUAGAAAAGACAAUAGAAAGGAAGCUUUACUGAACUUGGAAGACAAAGAAGAUAGACUUACUAAGAGAUUCAUGUCAUUCCAAGAAGAUGGUUGCAAGAUUCAUAAACUUGCAGAGGAAAACGUCAUGCUUUUUAAAGCAGACGCAGAUUCAGAUUCUUGGAAGAUUUACUUGGAGUUCAUUGAUGACAUCAUAGUUGAUGGCUUUUUUAAUGCCAUAAUGUACAAUUUAAAUUUCUUCUUGGAAAACACAGAGCAAACAUCGAAGCCAGCUCCAUUAUUUCAGGUUCAAAUGAUCCUAAGUGCCCUAGAAAUUGAAUUCAAGCCUUCAUUGGACAAGGAAGCUGGAGACGGCUUUUAUGAUUUAAUAGAUGAACUUUUAAGCAAUAUUUUCAAAAUAUCUGCCCAAGUGAAAAGAGUGGCAAAACAUUUGGAAAUACAACAUUACCAGAAUGACAUGGACAGUAUGUCAGAGCUGUCUGAAACCAGGCAAAAGGUUAUGGACAGAGUGGCAGAUGUUAUCACCAAAGCUGUCGUCUUCAAAAACUCUCUUGAUACUUAUGCGUAUCUGUGGGUGGAUGACAGAUCAGAAUUUAUGAAACAAUUUCUGUUCGACAGUCGUGUGUUAACUCCUGAAGAAAUAGAAACACGUGCUGACAUUGGCAUCCCUGAACAAUGCCCAAUAACUGAACAUUUUAAAGAGCAGAUUGACAUCUAUGAGAAUCUUUAUAUUCAAAUGAGCAAAUUUGAAGACUUCAGAAUUUUUGAAGCCUGGCUUAAAGUGGACAUGAAACCUUUCAAAAUUAGUUUGCUAAAUAUUAUUAAGAAGUGGAGCUGGAUGUUCAAGGAAUACCUUUUGAGAUUUGUUAUUGACAGCCUAGCUGACCUAGAAGAAUUCAUUAAAAUGACUGAUGUUGGGCUCCAAAAAGAGUUAAAGGAAGGAGAUUAUAAUGGACUCGUAGAUGUUAUGGUUCACCUCUUGGCUGUGAGAAACAGGCAGGCAGCUACUGAUGAGCUCUUUGAGCCUUUAAAAGAUACAAUUAUACUCUUGGAAACCUAUGGGCAGAAGAUGCCAGAUCACAUUUAUGUCCAAGUAGAGGAAUUGCCUGAAAGAUGGAACACCACCAAAAAACUUGCGGUGUCUGUAAAGCAUGAAGUGGCUCCUUUCCUGACUUGUGAGGUUACCCUUCUCAGAAAAAAAUGUGCCGCUUUUGAUGGAAAGCAGAUAGGAUUCAGAGAAAGAUUUAGAGUGGACGCUCCCUUUCACUUUGAUGCCCAAAACCCAUAUGCACUUCUUGAUAAGGCCAAUCAGGAGCUGGAGGCUCUGGAAGAAGAAAUGUUACACAUACAGGAAUCUGCCAGUCUUUUUGAAGUGGUCAUUCCAGAUUACAAACAAGUAAAACAGUGUCGCAAGGAAAUAAAGUUGCUGAAGGGAGUGUGGGAUAUUAAUAUUUAUGUCACAAGUAGCAUUAAUGACUGGACAAAAAGCUGUUGGAGAAAGAUUAGUAUGGAACAUAUGGAUGUAGAACUCAGAAAAUUUGCCAAGGAGAUAUGGUCGCUGGAUAAAGAAGUUCGCUCCUGGAAUGUAUAUAUGAAUCUGGAGUUAACAAUAAAGAACCUGUUGACAUCGCUGAGGAUUGUAACAGAGCUGCAGAAUCCAGCAAUGAGAGACAGACACUGGUAUCAGCUGAUGGAUGUGAUAGGUCUUUGUUUUUCAAUAACUGAAGAGACAACAUUAGCAGACCUGUUGGCAUUGAAGCUGCAUAAGGUGGAAGAUGAUGUCCGGAACAUUGUUGACAAAGCAGUGAAAGAGCUUGGAAUUGAAAAGAUUCUCAUAGAAAUCAGUCAAAUAUGGGCAACAAUGGAGUUUUCUUAUGAAGAGCAUUACAGGACCAGUGUUCCUUUGUUGAAAACUGAUGAACAACUUUUUGAGACUUUAGACAAUAACCAAGUUCAGCUGCAAACAAUUCUACAAAGUAAAUAUGUUGAAUAUUUCAUUAAACAAGUCUUAGGCUGGCAAAAAAACCUGAAUGUGGCAGACUCAGUCAUUUUCAUUUGGAUAGAAGUUCAACGUAUGUGGUCUCAUCUUGAGAGCAUUUUCAUUGGUUCAGAUGAUAUCAGAGACCAGCUUCCUGAAGAUUCAAAGCGAUUUGAUGGCAUUGAUGCAGAUUUUAAGGAAUUAAUGAAUGAUUCAGCAAAUACAAAAAAUGUAUUAGAAGCAACAACCAAGCCCAAUUUAUAUGAAAAAAUUGAAGACUUACAACAGAGGCUUUUGCUUUGCGAAAAAGCUCUUGCUGAAUACUUAGAAACCAAGCGCUUAGCUUUUCCUCGGUUCUAUUUUGUUUCAUCUGCUGAUCUGCUUGACAUUCUCUCAAAAGGAACACAGCCCAAACAGGUGACCUGUCAUCUUAUUAAACUUUUUGACAACACUGCUGAUCUUAAAUUUCAAGACGACAAAGAGCAAUCCAAGAAUAUUGUACUAGGAAUGUACAGCAAAGAAAAGGAGUAUGUCCCAUUCAAUGCAGGAUUUAAGUGUGGUGGUCAGGUGGAAACCUGGUUAAAACACCUUGAAGAAGUCAUGUGUGAAACAGUACGUCAUCAUAUCACAGAAGCUGUAGCUGUUUAUGAGGAAAGGCCCAGGGAACAAUGGAUCUUUGAUUAUCCUGCUCAAGUAGCGCUCACUGGCUCUCAAAUCUGGUGGACUACAGAUGUGGGAAUAGCAUUCAAUAGGUUGGAAGAAGGGUUUGAAACAGCCUUGAAGGAUUAUCAUAAAAAACAGAUCGUUCAGCUAAAUGCUCUUAUCUCUCUAUUGUUGGGAGAACUGACAUCAAGAGACCGACAGAAGAUCAUGACUAUUUGCACAAUAGAUGUUCAUGCAAGAGAUGUGGUAGCAAAGCUUGUUGCUCAGAAGGUCACCAGUUCCCAGGCUUUUGCUUGGCUGUCACAACUACGCCAUCGAUGGGAUUGGGCACAAAAACACUGCUUUGCCAACAUAUGUGAUGCUCAGUUCCAGUACUACUAUGAGUACUUGGGGAAUACCCCUCGGCUAGUUAUUACACCUUUAACUGACAGGUGUUACAUCACUCUUACCCAGUCUCUUCACCUAACAAUGAGUGGAGCUCCGGCAGGUCCAGCUGGAACUGGCAAAACUGAGACAACCAAGGAUUUGGGCCAUGCACUUGGAAUGAUGGUCUAUGUCUUUAACUGUUCUGAACAGAUGGAUUACAAGUCCAUUGGAAACAUCUAUAAAGGUUUGGUCCAGACAGGUGCUUGGGGAUGCUUUGAUGAAUUCAACCGAAUUUCAGUGGAAGUUCUUUCUGUUGUGGCUGUACAAGUAAAGACUAUCCAUGAUGCCAUAAGAAAUAAGAAAAAGCAAUUUGUAUUCCUUGGAGAAAACAUCACAUUAAAGUCAUCAGUUGGAAUAUUUAUUACUAUGAACCCAGGCUAUGCAGGUCGAACAGAAUUACCUGAAAAUCUUAAAGCUCUUUUCAGACCCUGUGCAAUGGUUGUCCCUGACAUUGAACUGAUUUGUGAAAUUAUGCUGGUUGCUGAAGGUUUUGUUGAUGCACGCUUAUUAGCCAGGAAGUUUAUUACCUUGUAUACUCUCUGUAGAGAACUUCUCUCUAAACAGGAUCAUUAUGACUGGGGUCUUCGUGCUGUUAAGUCUGUCUUGGUAGUUGCUGGCUCUCUGAAGCGAGGAGACAAGAACAGGCCUGAAGAUCAGGUACUUAUGCGAGCCUUAAGGGACUUCAACUUGCCUAAGAUAGUUUCAGAUGAUAUACCCAUUUUCAUGGGCCUAAUCGGUGACCUGUUUCCAGCUCUGGAUGUUCCAAGGAAGAGGGACCUGCAAUUUGAACAGAUGGUUAAACAGUCUACCCUAGAGCUUCACUUGCAGCCUGAGGAGAGCUUUAUUCUCAAAGUUGUUCAGCUUGAGGAGCUGCUGGCAGUGCGUCACUCUGUCUUUGUAGUGGGAAAUGCAGGCACGGGAAAAAGCAAGGUUCUGAAAACGCUGAAUAGGACUUACAUGAACAUGAAGCAGAAGCCUGUUUGGAAUGACUUGAACCCCAAAGCUGUGACUACUGAUGAACUCUUUGGUUUCAUACAUCAUGCUACUCGAGAAUGGAAAGAUGGACUCUUAUCAUCUCUUUUGAGAGAGCAAGCUAGUAUCAUUCAUAAUUCGCCGAAAUGGAUUGUCUUAGAUGGGGACAUAGAUCCUAGGUGGAUUGAAUCACUCAAUACUGUUAUGGAUGAUAACAAGGUGCUGACUCUUGCCAGCAAUGAACGAAUUCCAUUGACUCCAUCAAUGAGACUGCUGUUUGAGAUAUACCAUUUAAAUACAGCCACUCCUGCUACAGUAUCUAGAGCAGGUAUUUUGUAUAUAAACCCACAAGACCUUGGUUGGAAUCCGUAUGUUACAAGUUGGAUAGAAAGAAGGAGUCAUCAAUCUGAAAAAGCCAAUUUGACAAUUCUUUUUGAUAAAUAUGUUCCUCUGUGCUUGGAUCAGGUCAAAACUAACUUUAAAACUAUCACUCCCAUCACGGAGAAUAGCAUGGUUCAGACCCUUUGUUCUCUCCUUGACUGCUUAUUAACCCAAGAAAAUGUGCCUCUUGAUGGUCCUAGAGAACUGUAUGAGUUACAUUUUGCCUUUGCCUGUGUGUGGGCAUUUGGUGGAGCCCUCUUUCAAGAUCAGCUUUCUAAUUACCAAGCUGAAUUCAGCCACUGGUGGCUAAAAGAGAUGAAAGCUGUGAAGUUUCCAUCACAUGGUACAAUUUUUGAUUAUUAUCUUGACCCAAAGAUGAAGAAAUUCUUGCCUUGGAGUGAUAAAAUUAUCAGUUUUGACAUGGAGCCAGAUACACCUUUGCAGGCAGUUCUUGUUCACACAUCUGAGACCACAUGUCUCAAAUACUUUACAGAUUUGCUCUUGGAGAAAGGCAAGCCUGUGAUGCUUGUUGGAAAUGCUGGAGUGGGAAAAACAGUAUUUAUUGGGGAAUGCCUUGCUGGCCUCUCUGAGGAUUUCCUGGUGUCCAAAGUUCCCUUCAGCUAUUACAGCACAUCAGCAGCACUACAAAGAAUUCUUGAAAAACCGUUGGAGAAAAAAGCUGGUCGUAACUAUGGUCCAGUAGGAAACAAGAAGUUGGUUUUCUUUAUUGAUGAUAUGAAUAUGCCAGAGAUGGAUGCUUAUGGAACAGUUCAGCCUCACACACUGAUUCGGCAACAUAUAGAUUAUGGGCAUUGGUAUGAUAGACAGACAUUUACUGUAAAAGAAAUUAAUAAUUGUCAGUAUGUUGCCUGUAUGAAUCCAGCCGUUGGCAGCUUCACCAUCAACCCCCGACUUCAGAGACACUUUGCAGUGUUUGCAAUGAACUUCCCAUCUGUUGAUGCUCUGAGGACUAUCUAUAGCAAGAUCCUUGAUUUACAUUUUCAGCGGCUUGGUUUUAAUCCAUCAGUGUUAAAACAUGGACCUGCCAUGAUCCAAGCAGCAAUAUGGCUUCACCAGACAAUGGUUCAGAACUUUCUCCCCACAGCCAUUAAAUUCCAUUAUAUUUUCAACCUUCGAGACCUCUCCAACAUCUUCCAGGGAGUUUUAUUUGCUAAACUGGAGUGUCUAAAGCAUCCAAAUGAUCUUGUACGUUUGUGGCUUCAUGAAUCUUCACGUGUUUAUGGAGAUAAACUAGUGGGAGCAAAAGACUGCAUUUUUUUUCAUAAAAAGCUGAUAGACACGGCACAUAAAUACUUUGAGGAUCUGGAAGAUCCCAUUCUUCUCCAACAACCACUUAUUUACUGUCAUUUUGCAAGUGGUGUGGCAGAUCCUAACUACAUGCCUGUCAAGGAUUGGGAUGUACUAAGGAAGAUACUUGUGGAGACUCUGGAAAACUACAAUGAACUGAAUGCAUCUAUGAACAUAGUCUUAUUCGAGGAUGCCAUACAACAUGUAUGUCGUAUCAGCCGAAUCUUGGAGUCUGCUCGUGGUUAUGCACUUUUGAUUGGAGUGGGUGGCAGUGGAAAACAAAGCUUAUCAAGACUGGCUGCCUAUAUUGGCUCUCUUGAAGUGUUUCAGAUUACACUGAAGAAAGACUACACAAUUCAAGACCUUAGGGUAGAUCUUGCCAAUCUGUAUAUAAAGACGGGAGCCAAGAACAUUCCCACUGUGUUUUUGCUGACAGAUGCUCAAGUUCCAGAUGAACGCUUUCUUGUGCUGAUUAAUGACUUGUUGGCAUCAGGAGAGGUUCCAGAUCUGUUCUGUGAUGAAGAUAUGGACAGUAUAACUUCAGGAAUUAGGAGUGAGAUAAGAGGACUUGGUCUUAUUAACUCUAGAGAAAACUGCUGGAGAUUCUUUUUAGAUAGAGUACGACGGCUGCUAAAAAUCAUUUUGUGUUUCUCUCCUGUCGGUUCCACACUGAGAGUUAGAGCUCGGAAGUUCCCAGCCAUAGUUAACUGCACAGCUAUUGACUGGUUUCAUGAGUGGCCGCAGGAGGCCCUGCAGUCCGUCAGCAGGAGGUUCAUUGAGGAGACGCCUGGGAUUAAGCCACACGUUCAUGAUUCCAUUUGCCAUUUCAUGGCUUAUGCCCACAUCAGCGUGAAUGAGAUGAGUGCAAAGUUUCAGCAGAAUGAGAAGAGAUAUAACUAUACAACUCCCAAAAGCUUUCUUGAACAAAUCAUGCUUUACAAGAACCUCCUGGAGAAGAAAAUCCAGAAAAUGUCCCAGCACAAGGAACACCUCCUAAAUGGCAUUCAGAAGCUGAAAACCACAGCUUCUCAGGUGGAGGACUUAAAAUACAGACUUGCCUCUCAAGAGGCAGAACUGCAACUGAGGAAUCAAGACACUGAAGCUUUGAUUACUAAGAUAGGGCUUCAGACUGAGAAAGUGAGCAAGGAAAAGGCCAUCGCUGAUGCAGAGGAGCAAAAGGUUGUUGCCAUCCAGGCAGAAGUAUCUCGGAAACAGAAAGAGUGCGAAGAUGACCUAGUAAAAGCAGAACCUGCUCUGGUGGCUGCUACUGCAGCUUUAAAUACACUUAAUAAGGUGAAUCUUUCUGAACUGAAAGCCUUCCCUAACCCGCCAAUUGCAGUGACCAAUGUUACAGCUGCAGUAAUGGUAUUACUAGCAAAUAAAGGAAAAGUACCAAAAGACCGAACCUGGAAAGCUGCUAAACUCUUCAUGGGAAAGGUUGAUGAAUUCUUGCAAGCUUUAAUUAACUACGAUAAGGAGCAUAUCCCAGAGAAUUGUCUAAAAGUGGUCAAAGAACAUUAUUUGAAAGACCUGGAAUUCAACCCAAACCUGGUUCGCAUGAAGUCAUUUGCAGCCGCUGGCCUCUGUGCCUGGGUUAUCAACAUAGUAAAAUUUUAUGAGGUGUACUGUGAUGUGGAGCCAAAACGUCAAGCAUUGGCCCAAGCAAAUGCUGAACUCGCAGCAGCUACUGAAAAGCUGGAAGCUAUCAGGAAAAAACUUGGUGAACUGGAUCUCAAUCUGUGCAAGCUAACAGCAUCAUUUGAAAAAGCAACCGCAGAAAAAGUUAGAUGUCAAGAAGAUGUCAGCCGAACCAACAAGACUAUUGAGCUGGCUAACAGGCUUGUUAAAGGACUUGAGUCUGAAAAUAUUCGCUGGACACAAUCUAUUAAAACAUUUGAAGCACAAGAAAUAACAGUGUGUGGUGAUGUUUUGUUAACAUCAGCCUUUGUUUCUUACAUUGGAUCCUUUACCAGACUAUAUCGCCAAGAGUUGAUAGAACGUAUGUGGCUUCCAUUUCUGAAAUCUCAAGAAGUUCCCAUUCCAGUCAGUGAAGACUUAGACCUGGUUGGCAUGUUGACUGAUGAUGCAAUGAUUGCAGCAUGGAAUAAUGAAGGGCUGCCCAGUGACAGAAUGUCAACUGAAAAUGCUGCUAUUCUAACAAACUGUGAGCGCUGGCCACUUCUCAUAGAUCCCCAACUUCAAGGAAUAAAAUGGUUAAAGAAUAAAUAUGGAGCUGACCUUAAAGUCAUACAUCUAGGACAGAAGGGGUUCUUGAAAACUAUUGAAAGAGCUUUGGCUUGUGGAGAUGUUGUCUUGAUUGAAAACUUGGAUGAAACAGUAGACCCUGUACUUGAUCCCCUGCUUGGAAGAAACACAGUUAAAAAAGGGAAGUAUAUCAAGAUUGAAGACAGAGAAUGUGAAUUCAACAAGAAUUUCCGUCUCAUGCUUCACACUAAGCUGGCUAAUCCCCACUACAAACCAGAGCUGCAAGCCCAAACCACUCUCAUUAAUUUCACAGUCACAAAAGAUGGGCUGGAGGACCAGCUGUUAGCUGAGGCUGUUAAUAUUGAAAGACCUGAUUUAGAGAAUGUUAAGUCUCUUCUGACAAAGCAACAAAAUGAUUUCAAGAUUCAGCUGAAGCGCCUGGAGGAUGAUCUGCUGUUUCGCCUUUCUGCUGCUGAGGGCAGUUUCUUGGGAGACACUGAACUUGUGGUGAAACUUGAGACAACAAAAUCAACAGCUGCAGAGAUAGAGCUCAAGGUAACAGAAGCCAAAGAAAAUGAAGUCAACAUUAAUGAAGCCAGAGAACAUUACAGGCCAGCAGCUGCAAGAGCAUCCCUCCUUUAUUUUGUCAUUCAUGAUCUGAGCAAAAUUAAUCCUGUCUAUCAGUUUUCAUUGAAGGCUUUCAACACUGUCUUUCAUAAAGCAAUUGAGCGAGCCGAACCAUCAGAUCAUAUCCAGGGGCGCAUCUCCAACCUGAUAGAAGCUAUUACAUAUUUCACCUUCUUUUACGUAAGCCAAGGACUUUUUGAAAGAGACAAGCUCAUUUUUCUGGGCCAGGCAACAUUUCAGAUUAUGUUGAGAAGUAAACAGAUAGAACUCACUGAACUGAAUUUCCUGCUACAAUUUACAGUUGAACACACUUACAAAAGUCCUGUAGACUUUUUAACUACUCAGUCAUGGAGUGCCAUUAGGGCCAUUGCCUUAAUGGAUGAAUUCCGAGGAUUAGAUAGAGACAUAGAAGGUUCUGCCAAGAGAUGGAAAAAAUGGGUAGAUUCAGAAUGCCCAGAAAAGCAAAAGCUUCCUCAAGAGUGGAAAAGCAAAACUUCUUUUCAGAAGCUUAUCAUACUGCGAGCAUUACGCCCAGAUCGGAUGACAUACGCCCUGAGAAGCUUUGUAGAGGAAAAGCUAGGUUCAAAGUAUGUGGAUGGCACAAGGAUAGACUUGGCUAAAUCCUAUGAAGAAAGCAGUCCAACCACUCCGAUAUUUUUCAUUCUUUCUCCUGGAAUUGAUCCUCUUAAAGAUGUGGAGACACUUGGCAAAAAACUUGACUUCACUAUUGACUCUGGGAAAUUUCAUAAUAUCUCUUUGGGACAAGGGCAGGAGAUUAUUGCAGAGGAGGCAUUAAAGAAAGCUGCCAAACAUGGUCACUGGGUUAUUCUGCAAAACAUACACCUUGUAGCCAAAUGGCUGGGGACAUUAGAGAAACUGCUGGAGGAAUACAGCAAAGGAAGUCACUCAGACUACCGUGUCUUUAUUAGUGCGGAACCAGCUCCAAGUCCUGAAGAACAUGUCAUACCUCAAGGGAUAUUAGAGAAGUCUAUUAAAAUUAUUAAUGAGCCCCCUGCCGGUCUGCUGGCAAAUCUUCAUGCUGCUCUCUACAAUUUUGACCAGGAUACACUUGAAUUGUGUUCCCGGGAACAGGAGUUCAAAAGUAUCUUCUUUUCUCUCUGCUACUUUCACACCUGUGUUGCUGGGAGGCUUAAGUUUGGACCUCAAGGAUGGAAUCGAAGAUACCCUUUUAAUGUUGGAGAUCUCACAAUCUGUGUCAAUGUCCUCUACAAUUAUCUAGAAGCAAACACUAAGGUUCCAUGGGAAGAUUUGCGUUAUCUCUUUGGCGAAAUUAUGUAUGGUGGGCACAUUACUGAUGACUGGGACCGCAGACUCUGCCACACAUAUUUAGAAGAAUUUAUGAGCCCUUCUCUGCUUGAAGGUGACUUUGCAUUGGCUCCAGGGUUCCUUGCUCCUCCCAAUUUGGAUUACACAGGAUACCACAAGUAUAUAGAUGAAAUGCUACCACUGGAAAGCCCAGUACUGUAUGGUCUUCACCCUAAUGCCGAGAUAGAUUUCUUGACUGUUCUGUCAGAUAAUCUUUUCAAAACUCUCUUGGAAAUGCAACCAAGAAAUCUCCUUGCUGGAGAGGUAACAGGACAGUCAGUAGAAGAAAAGGUGAAGAACAUCCUGGAUGAAAUUUUGGAGAAGCUGCCAGAAGAGUUUAACAUGGCUGAAAUAAUGCAAAAGUCUGCUUUACGGAAUCCUUAUAUACUUGUUUGUUUUCAAGAAUGUGAGAGGAUGAACAUUCUCAUUCGAGAGAUACAGAACUCACUUAAACAACUGGACCUUGGUCUCAAAGGCGAGCUCACAUUUUCUCUUACCAUGGAAGCUUUGCAGUCAUCACUGUUUUAUGACCUGGUGCCAGAUGCAUGGACCAAAUUGGCUUAUCCAUCCACUUACAGCCUUGCACAAUGGUUUAAUGACCUCCUCAUACGAUGCCGAGAACUUGAUAUCUGGACACAAGAUCUUGUACUUCCUGCAGUGGUGUGGCUCUCUGGCUUCUUUAACCCUCAGUCUUUUCUGACUGCCAUUAUGCAAAGCAUGGCACGGAAGAAUAACUGGUCUCUGGAUAAGAUGUGUCUGACUACAGAUGUUACCAAAAAAAGUAGAGAGGAUUAUGGUCAUCCACCAAGGGAAGGAGCAUAUAUCUUUGGCCUUUUUAUGGAAGGAGCUAGAUGGGACAUUCAAGCGGGAGUCAUAACUGAAGCCCGAUUAAAUGACUUGUCUCCAGUGAUGCCAGUCAUCUUUGUCAGAGCUAUUCCAGUGGACAGGCAAGAAAUUAAGAACAUUUAUAAAUGCCCAGUUUAUAAAACCAAAAUUAGAGGGCCUACAUAUGUCUGGACUUUUAACCUAAAAAGCAAAGAAAAACCAGCCAAGUGGGUGCUUGCAGGAGUAGCCUUGCUCCUGGCAGUUUAGCAGUACAUCUGCAGACACAAUAUUCUAGCCCAGGCUUUGGUACAGUACAAGCCACAGCAGAAGAGCUUUCUUCACACUGUAUCGUUAUGUAUAUUGCUUUGCCAAAAUGUCACUGCUUCACUCCAACCGCUCAGGAUAGUGCCACGUUGUUUAAUAUCAAAACUGUGUCUCUAAUACACAGAACAUAGAAAUAUAACAGUGCAUAUGCACCUACUAUCAAAUAUCAAAGCAAAUGAGUAAUUCUGUGUGUAACUUGUAUCUGAAAUGUUCUUUGUAGUCAGGGGCUAUGAUAUGGCCUUCUUUUAAAAAUGCAUAUCUCAAGAAAUGUGUUGUCAUGCUCAUUUUAAUAUCAGUAUAAAAUAUC